GCGCAGUCGGCGGCGGCCAUGGCUCCGAGCGCGCAGGCGGGGGGCGGCGGCGGCGGGCAGGCCCCGGGCCCGGGGCUCCGGCAGGGCAUCCGCGCCGUCCUGCUGGGACCGCCCGGUGCCGGCAAGGGCACGCAGGCUCCGAAGUUGGCCGAGACCUACUGCGUCUGCCACCUGGCAACCGGGGACAUGCUGCGGGCCAUGGUGGCCUCGGGGUCCGAGCUGGGCAAGCGGCUCAAAGAGACGAUGGAUUCGGGGAAACUGGUGAGUGAUGAGAUGGUGGUGGAGCUGAUUGAGAACAACCUUGACUCCCCUCCCUGCAAGAAUGGCUUCCUCCUGGACGGCUUCCCACGCACGGUGAAGCAGGCCGAAAUGCUGGAUGAGCUGCUAGAGAAGAGGAGAGAGAAGCUGGACUCCGUCAUUGAGUUCAGCAUCCCCGACUCCUUGCUCAUCCGGAGAAUCACUGGACGGCUGAUUCACCCAGCGAGCGGCCGCUCUUAUCACGAGGAGUUCAGACCCCCAAAAGAGCACAUGAAGGAUGAUGUCACUGGAGAGCCCCUGAUCCGCCGUUCGGAUGAUAACGAAACAGCCUUGAAAACCCGCCUGAAGGCCUAUCACACACAGACCUCUCCCCUGGUCUCCUACUACAGCAAGCGAGGGAUCCAUACGGCGGUGGAUGCCUCCCAGUCUCCCGACGUGGUGUUUGCUAGCAUCCUGGCAGCCUUCUCGAGAGCAACAUACAGCGUGGAAGAUGAGGAGGCAGAUGACAGCAUAGCCGACUAACAAUUGAGCUGGGUGGAUCCUCGGGCCUGAUCCUAUCUCAAGGAUGAUGUUCUGUGCAGUUGAAAAUGUGGCUUGUAAUUCUUUUUAUCUCUCUUCCUUACUGAGUGUGUUCCAAUGCUUUAUAUCACCAUAGCAAUGGUGUCUUUUGCUGGUUUUCUCCUGUUUCUUCAUGCGUGACGCUGAAAGCACUGAGCCCUUGCGUAUCCUGACCCUUUCUGGCCAGAGUUCCUUUCAGGUAUUUUUAACUGAUGUAAUUCUUAGCCUUUUUCCUCCCUUUGCAUCACCAGUAUGUGGAGGAGAUGAUGUUAUUUCCUUUUCUCCUCCUGCAGCAACUGGAAGCCACAUACUGUGUCUUCUGUUUCUGCUCAUUUGCUUUUUGCCUUUCAUACCUUGUUGCAUCCCUCCCUCCCCCUCUGCCAGUGCCUCUCCCUAAAUACAGAGGGCAAAAUCUGCUCUAACACAGGGAAUGAGAGCGUUUCCUGGCCUCCCUUUAUCCUGCCUCCACAGGGACCCUGACCCUGGUGCUCUGAGGUGCCUCAGAGGAAGGCUGUUCUAGAUGUACUGAUGGAGGGUCAUUGUUUUUCCGCAAUGCCUUUGGUACCACCCUUGCAGCCCUGCUUGUGGUCAGGGCUUUGGUUUAGGCACUUUGGACCAGCAUCAGAAAGGGUCAGGCUGCAUACGCCCAUUUCCUCCAGAAAUUAUUGGUUUCUUCAGCAUAAUUGGGCUUUCUUGCUCCUCUGCCAUUCAGUCUCUCUGUGCUCUGGUGUUUUUAUUACCUCUCUGUACCUCCGAUGAGCAUUCUCGUUCUUUUGAAGGCAAGCUUGUGCCGCUCUGGCAUUUGCGGUGUUCUUCCCUUCUUUCUUUUGAUGAUGGAUGUUAAACUAUGCUCUUCCUCGUUGUUUAGGAUUGUGUCCUGUACUACUUGCCUGCUGUUGUUUUAAAAACUUGUUCUGCUUGCUCCUCCUGGCUUUCUAGUACGUGGGAUGGAGAAGCCUUGGCUCCUCUGAGCUGGGCUUCUUCCGUUUGAUCCUUACUUAAGUGUGGAGCGUGAAAUGAAUUGUUGGGGUGCUGUGGGAAAGGCUGCUGUGGGGAGGCUGUUUAGCUCAAGCCUGUAUCCUCAGUAGUUGGAUCUGUUCUGUGACCUGUCUCUGUCAUAUUGACCUUGAAUGUUUUCCACAGCAUGCGAUGCUCUGCAGGUGCUGUAAAUUCCUUCUGUUCAACGAUUUCACUCCAGCAAGCUGCUUAUCAGGCACUCUUCUGAAAACUGUGUUCAUAUUUCAUACACACAAUUAUUCAGCAACUAUAAAAGGGGAAAAUUCCUAUUUAUAGCACAAG